AUUUAAAAUAAGAUAAUUCUUAUUUAUAUUUUGUAGCUAUCUGAAAACAAUAAUUUUAUUAUAAAAGUUAAAAAGAUACAAAAAAUUAUAAUUAAAUAUUAUUCAAGAAAAAAACAUUUAUAUAAAGAUAUUUUCUAAACUAUUUCUAAGAUAUGAGUGUUUUAAAAAAUUUAACACGGGAUGUUUAGAACACGGGAUUAUGCUUAUGAGAGAGUGGCUCGGGAAUGGGCUUCGAGAUGGGUCGUCAUGAGAGAAAGGUAAAUGGGGGAGACGGCGAUUAGGUUAUUCAGAGGAUGAGAAAGCUGUGUGCGUUUUGGCUUGAGUCUCAACAAUACGUAGAUUAGGGUUAAUGGGCUGGGUUGGGAUAAAGUGAAUUAUCAGAUUGAUGGGAUUAAUGGGCUGGGCUAGGUGAAAGUAAAUUAUCUGAGUUUGGCUUCACUUCGGCUGAUGGCGCAAAACAAAAAUACAGAGUCAGAGAAUGAGUUAGCGCACAGGAAGCCCGAUCGUGAUUUUAAUUUGAAGCCUAAUCUGGCAGUGACGUGGCAAUUUGAUUGGUCCUGAUUAUUUUGAGCAUGUGGCUAGCUUUAGGAAGCUUAAAAAUAGUCCAUUUUAUAUAGUGGGAUAUGAACCGGCUAAGUUUCCUUUAAUCUUAAAAUAGUCCGCCCAAGAUAAUACAACCUCUCAUUUCACAUACAGCCACUAUAAAUUUCUAAAAAAAAACUAAGUUCUACUAUCAAACCCAUCCAACAAAUUUACUACUACCAGUUCUAAUUAUGACCCGGCCUACUUUAAUUUUUAAAUAAACAUGUCAAUAAUUUUUAAAAACAAACAAAACCAUAACUAUGUUCACUUCCAAAAAAUAUGAAAUUAAUAAAAAUGGGCAAUACAAAAUAAUUCUCAUUCUUAUCUGUGUAGAACAUGCAACAGGAGAUCAAAACAAUUGGGGCGAUACCCUCGGACCUCAUCCAAUAAUCGUUAGGAUCAUUAGGAUCUGACCCAUCACAAAUCACAAAAAGAAAAAUGCUUUCCUAAAAACAACUUUCAUUUGUUUUGACAUCCAGAUUUGUCUUAAAAUACUUACUUUUAAUUAUUCCAACUACAUUUUAAAUGAUGGCUAUUAACCACUAAACAUGAACAAAAAAUAGAAGGGAGGGUGCCUAUUUCUACGUCUGACACAAUGUACCAACGCUUCGAGGAAGGGAAAAUUUAUCACAUUUGAUAUUUUAAUCUUCUUCCCAAUAACCAACGUUCAGGCUUACCGUUCAACCAUACAUAAUCAAUAUCAAUGAGACAACAAUUAUUACACUGAUUCAAGAAAACAUUUCACCGAUUCCUUCAUACAUAUUCCGGCCCCAACGCUACUCUCAGUUGAUCAGGUUAGCAAGUGCAACCAACUUCCUCCCAGGUAAAAAAAAACAAAAACCAGAUGUUGUUGGCCGCAUAUGCCUCAUAUAAAAGGAGCUAAAUCAUAGCUUCCUAAGCCUAUCCACAUGUGCACAAAUAAUCAGGACCAAUCAAUAUGCCAGGUCAUCACGAAGUGGGCUUGCAAUUAAAAAAAGGAAAUCUUCACGGCCCAGUCAAUAGCCUCAUCCCGCAAUAGAAAGUGGCCGCUCUACAAGACCACUCACAAUAAACCUAGUAGACAUCGUCUACGUCUUAUCUUAUUGUAAUUCUUCUUCGUUACCUACCAAAUAUUAUUUACUUUGGACAAUUACUUAUUUCAACUGUCAAACUAUUUUCUUUUGAAUUUUCUAUUUUUUCAGACAAUUUAUUAUUUCUACUGUUUUCUUUAACAAUAUAUGAACCGGCUAAGUUUCCUUUAAUCUUAAAAUAGUCCGCCCAAGAUAAUACAACCUCUCAUUUCACACACAGCCACUAUAAAUUUCUAAAAAAAAGCUAAAUUCUACUAUCAAACCCAUCCAACAAAUUUACUACUACCAGUUCUAAUUAUGACCCGGCCUACUUUAAUUUUUAAAUAAACAUGUCAAUAAUUUUUAAAAACAAACAAAACCAUAACUAUGUUCACUUCCAAAAAAAUAUGAAAUUAAUAAAAAUGGGCAAUACAAAAUAAUUCUCAUUCUUAUCUGUGUAGAACAUGCAACAGGAGAUCAAAACAAUUGGGGCGAUACCCUCGGACCUCAUCCAAUAAUCGUUAGGAUCAUUAGGAUCUGACCCAUCACAAGUCACAAAAAGAAAAAUGCUUUCCUAGGAACAACUUUCAUUUGUUUUGACAUCCAGGUUUGUCUUAAAAUACUUACUUUUAAUUAUUCCAACUACAUUUUAAAUGAUGGCUAUUAACCACUAAACAUGAACAAAAAAUAGAAGGGAGGGUGCCUAUUUCUACGUCUGACACAAUGUACCAACGCUUCGAGGAAGGGAAAAUUUAUCACAUUUGAUAUUUUAAUCUUCUUCCCAAUAACCAACGUUCAGGCUUACCGUUCAACCAUACAUAAUCAAUAUCAAUGAGACAACAAUUAUUACACUGAUUCAAGAAAACAUUUCACUGAUUCCUUCAUACAUAUUCCGGCCCCAACGCUACUCUCAGUUGAUCAGGUUAGCAAGUGCAACCAACUUCCUCACAGGUAAAAAAAAACCAAAAACCAGAUGUUGUUGGCCGCAUAUGCCUCAUCCAAGGAAGUGAUUUAUAUAACCACUACACAGAUUCAAAAAUCAUCAUUGGAUUGCGUUUAGACAGGUACUAACUUUACAACUAAACAAAAUAUAAUACUAUAAUUAUUUUUAGUUCGAAAUUGGUACGUCUAACUUUAUGGGACAAGGAGGCAUCUAAUUUCAGAGAGUUAAAUCACAUAUCUACCAGGAAGAACCAAAUCGUAAUCAUCACAAGUAUCAUUCCACGAUUACAUGAAGGUAAUAAACUAAACAUAAAGUUUACGACAAACUAGAUGCUUACAAAUAUUUGACUUUCUCAGGAAAACUAUCACUCACAACCACACCUGGAUCGCACUUCUACUUUGACAACGAUAUUGAUAUCAUACAAUGCUUCGAAAAGAAGAAUAAACUGCUAUCCUAAGCCUCAUAGCAAACGACACCAGUCAACUUUUAAAACACUUACGUUACCACUUCCUACGUCAAUUAAAUAGGCACACACAAAUACUAUUUUCUCUUACGAAUAUUAAAUUCCUCAAAACAAUUUAUUAUUCAAACUUACUAUUUUUUUUUUUUUAAAUGAUCACCGCUUCCAACAUCUUUGCAUUAUAAAAUAAACAAAAUUUAACUUACCCUUUCAGAAACUUCAAAACUCCAAAUUUAAAUUGAGCUGACUUUUAUUAAACAUGUAAUCCGCGCUAGCGCGGACACCGACCCUAGUUUUCACAUAAAAGAGACUACAUUCGCACGUAGUUAAAGAUUAAUGUCCUUUAGAUUGUACUACUCCUUCCAUGUUUAAUGCUAUAAGCGUUUAAUGCAGUUCAGUUAACGAUUUAUUUAUUUUAUUUUAACUGGUUAAUUCUUGGUGGUUUCUACUAAUUUUGGAUUCAUGUAGAUGCAAGUUUCUUAGUAAUUUCAGUGAGUCAUGUAAAAACAAGAAUCUAAUGAUCUUCCACGCAAUUUCCUUUAUGUAGAAUUUUAUUCCACAUAAAGACACCACUUUCGUUAUAACUUUAUUACACCAAAAAAAAAGGUCACUUGCAUGUGUAUAAAUAUACCUCUCCCAUGUCUAGUAGCAAAGACCACACAGAAAAAGAGCAUUGAUGGAGUCUGCUAAAUCAAACAUGAAUGCCCACCAAAACAUCAUCGUGAUGCGCCACGGUGACCGGCUCGACCAUUGUGAGCCAAUAUGGGUUUCAACCGCUGAGAGACCGUGGGAUCCUCCGCUCGUACACGAUGGUAAGGUUCGAGCCUUUCAAACCGGUCAAAGAAUCCGAUCUCAGAUUGGGUUUCCGAUUCACCGUGUCUUUGUUUCUCCUUUCCUCCGCUGCAUCCAGACCGCUGCCGAAGUCGUCGCCGCUCUCUCAGCCGACGAUCUCGGUGACAACGCUAUGCCUUCCAUCGAUAUCUCUAAGCUCAAGGUGGCUAUCGAAUUUGGAUUGUGCGAGACACUGAACACAAUGGCUAUUAAGAGUGACGUUGUUCCCAAAGAUGGGAAGUUUGAUUUCAAGUUUUCAGAUCUUGAAGCUAUGUUUCCUGAGGGAACAUUUGAUCACAAUGUGGAAAUGGCUUAUAAAGAGUUUCCACAGUGGGGAGAAUCUGUGGAAGCCUUUAAAGAAAGAUAUGUUAAUACAUUGAAGAUUCUUGCAGAGAAGUAUCCUUCAGAGAAUUUGUUGCUAGUCACCCACUGGGGAGGUGUAAGUUCUAUGCUUUACAAAUACUUCAAAGACGCAACUAAGUACUUAGUAGAUUACUGUGGUUGUGUUGAGUUGAGAAGGCAGCUUAUGGAUAAUGAUGGAUUUGGUGAAUCUGUGGACUUUGAGGUGGUUACAAGUCAUGGUGUAGCUUUCAAGGACAACAAAGCCCCGAUUCAUGGUCCUCUUAUAAUCCAAUCUCCCAUAUAGACGGCUUUUAUAUGAAUAUUUUUGUGACGGUUAGAUUCAGUGAAACAUGAUUCAAUAAUUUUUCAUUCUCUUCCACAAAUUUUCGAUAACACACAUAUUUAUGGUUCAUUUUCUUUAUUUUAUUUUUGGUUUUUUUCAUUUUCCCCUUUUCCACUCAUGUAAUCUAUGUUUCAUUUUAAUCAAUAAGAGAUAUCAUAUUAAAAUAUAAA